AUGGAAAGAUUUCAAACAUUACUGAAAGAAUUCCUGUGCGAUGAUGAAUUUACUUACGAGCACAACGGCAGUACAAUCUCUUGCGCCGAUGGCAGCGUCGAGGUGUCCCCAUUCACCCACCAAGAUUUCCAGCUGCAUGAGGAUUACGAGUCGAGCUGCGAUGACUAUCUAUUCCGCAUCACAAUCAACAACGGCCAUGUUACCAUGAAGCAUCGUAUCAGCCAAGAACUCGCUCACACCCUCAAACGCUUCUUUAUCAACAACGACGAUGAUCUCCCGCUUUCAAAACUCAAUCACCCACCAAGCAAACCUCCGAUUGAUAAAUUACUUCACUCAGAUUUCAUCACUCAAUCCAAGAUGCACGCAGAUUGCGUCGCUGUGGAUUUCAACGGAUCUACACUCACCUACGCUCAGCUAGACAGCUUAUCAAGUGCUUUGGCUGUGCAAAUACCUUGCACCCGUGCUGUUGUUCCUCUCCUUCUCCCACCUUCGCUGGAACUAUACAUUGGGUACUUGGCUGCACUGAAAUCAGCCAAUGCAUUCAGCCCAUUCGAUCUACAAGCGCCUGUAGAAAGGCAGCUUGGAUUACUAGAUGAUUUGGAUGCAUCCGUCGUACUCGGCUUGGGUGAGCGUGAUGCUUGGAUUAAGCGAGACACCCAAUACAUCGAUGUCUCUGCUUUUAUGGUCGAGUACUUGAGUAGAGAGUGUUUGGCUGUCGACGCACCCCAACAAGCGACCCCAGACGACGUUGCAUACGUUCUCUUCACUUCUGGCUCAACAGGCAAACCUAAAGGUGUCCAAAUACAGCAUUCAGCAGCAGCAGCAUCGAUACAAUCUCACUUAGCCGUCAGGCCACUCGACAAUAAGGUAAGAUGGUUCCAAUUCGCUCCGUCGACGUUCGAUCCUUCCAUCAUGGAGACUUUCAUGUCUCUCAGCUCUGGAAGCACUAUAUGUGCUUCUCCGCGCGCAGAAUUUCUCACCAACCCCGAGUUAGUCGUGUCAAAGCUCCGUUGCACACACAUGAUGGCCACACCUUCAAUUGCUGGCCUUUUCAACCCAGACAAACUGCCGGACGGGUUUGAGCUGUGGACCAUGGGUGAGAAGCUGUCAGAUAGGGUGAUUAGCAACUUCACCCGCCCCGGCAACUCGCUGUACAACGCAUACGGACCGACCGAAGCAGCGAUCAACGUAACCCUCCGUAAACAUCCAUCCGAACAGUCAGGUGCAAAGCUAGGUCCUCCAAUUGAUACAGCUUCUCUGCUCAUUCUUCACCCAACCCUCAACAAGGUCAUGCCAAUGGGAUUCUCGGGCGAGCUCGCUAUUGGCGGACCUCAGCUGGCGAAAGGAUACUUAAAAAUGGCCGAACAGACAGAAAAGGCUUUUAUUAAUGUUCAAGGUCUCGGCAGGCUGUAUAGAACAGGCGACAAGGCUCGCGUUGUGCUAGACGAGAAGAAUCAGUGGAACAACGUUGAGUACCUUGGUCGUAUGGGAUUGGAGCAAGUCAAGCUGAACGGAAGGCGUGUUGAGCUGGGUGAAAUUGACUCUAUUCUUUCCAACACUCCCGGUCUUCGCUCUGUCCACACUGUCGUCAUCCAACCAGAAGGCCAGCUGUGCGCUUAUGUGACACCACACUCCACAUCGCUGGUAGGGAGAUGUGCGGAGAGUGCAGAAAAACAUCUUCCAGCGCACAUGCGUCCACAAGCUUACUUGUUUGCCGAUGAUAUACCUCGCUCUACAGCCGGGAAGGCUGAUAGAAAGGCGAUCGCUAAAUAUGUGAAGGAUCACAUAAGCGAGGGCUAUGUCGUAGGUGCUACUAGCACUGCUGAAGAGCAGCCUGUAGAGGCUGUUCAUAUUCUCGAUACCCCAACACUCGACAAAGUCCUCAGUUGCAUUUCAAAGACAGUGGGGUUAGAGGAGAAGGAAAUAGAUGCGAACCUCACACUCCUAGCCUUGGGUAUUGACUCGCUGAGGGGUGUUCGUUUUCUUAGUUUGGCUCGUGAAGAGGGUCUACUCGCCAUUACAAUCGAAGAUGUCAUUAAAGGUCUGUCUCCUGCUGCGCUAGCAAACAUUGCAUUCCAGAGAACGGAGGAGGGCUUCGGCGAAAAUGACAACAGACAGGCCGUAUAUGAAGAUAUAGAGGAGGAGUUUCGCAGCCAAGCACUCCCAAUUGUCGAAGAGGCGCUUGGGGCACAGCCUGAAGCUAUCAGACCUGCGACAACAAUGCAGACGGGCUUACUUGCAUUGUACUCCAAGACGGGCACAGGGUACAUCAACCACUCCGUUUACACCCUGAAAGAGGGUGUGGAUAGUGAGAGGCUUCGCAAUGCCUGGUGCGAGCUCGUGAGACGACAUGAAAUUCUACGCACCCGCUUUGUGCUCAUCGACAACAGCCACAUCAGCGCAUUCGCACAGGUGGUUGUACCUGUUGACCCUAUAACAACAUUCGACGAGGUCGAAGGAGGUGAUGUCGAUCAACUAGUCCAGCAACACAUUGAUACUGCUUCAGUCAAGUUCUCACUAUUGGAGAGAACGCAAAGCGGCGCGAUCUACUCCGACUCCAAAUCGAAGAAACUCGUUGUCAGUCUUCAUCACGCACUGUUUGACGGUGCUUCGCUUGCUUUGAUGCUCGACGAGCUUGCUACACUCUACCGUGAUCCGUAUGCAGAAGUACCCAGAGAGGGAUUUGUUCAUGCGCUUGUGGAUGUCUUCACCGCUGACGCACAGGCUAAUGCUGAAUACUGGGGUGGAAAGCUAAGCAACUUUACCUCAGACCCGUUCCCAGAUCUUACAGGAUUGAGGCAGGACGCAAAGAAAACAGGCCAUCACGUCUCGAAUGUCACGUCCAAACUCUCUCAUAGCUCAUUUCUCCAGAAGGCACGCGAGCUUAAGCUAUCACCACUCUCGAUCGUGCAGGCUGCCUGGUCAAGCAUCUUGUUGGCGUACUCGGAGUCUGACGCCGACGACAUUGUAUUCGGUAGCAUCGUCGGUGGCAGAACGACGGACCAACUCGAGCAUACCGUCGGCCCUGUGUUUACAGCUUCGCCUAUUCGUGUGACUAAUCCGAAUGAUGACAGUGUAGGCGGCGUGCUCAAGUCUUUAGUUAGAAGCAAUGCUGAGGGCUUGGUACACCGACACUUGCCACCAAAGAUUCUUAGUGGUGACAACGGUAUCAUCUACGACACUACCAUUGCAUUGCAGCAAUUCGCUCAAGGCGCAUCCCAGACAGAGCUCUGGACGCACUCGGAAUAUCCUCCUAUGGUUACAGAGUUCGCUGUCGUUUUGGAAAUUUGGCCUGAUCCAAACGAUACUAUUAGGUUGAGAGCUACAUGCUCCAAUAACGUCUUGGUCGAGGAGUCGUCUGCUAUGAUGCUGAGGCAAUUCGAUGACAUUCUAUCGAGCAUCCUUGAAGGCGAUCUCGAUAGAAAGUUUAAAGAUAUCGCCGUGGAUGUAAGCCACUCUCUCGCGUCCGCUGUCAACCCAUACCCUAUCCGUAUCGAAGGCGUUGAAGCGGAACUUAUCCACCACCAAUUUGAGAGAAAUGCAAAAGACUACCCUCAAUCGCUCGCUUUGUGGUUCAAACCAGACCCAUUGGACGCUUCCAAAGAUAUCAGAUGGACGUAUGCCGAGCUGGACGCUCGUGCUAACAGAGUCGCGAACUACCUUACCUCAACUUACGGCGAUCUCACUGACACGCCCAUCCCCAUCCAUAUAGAAAAAACUCCCGAGAUGUUCAUGGCUAUUCUCGGUAUCGUGAAGGCUGGUGGUGCAUGGUGCCCUAUUGACACUGCUGCUCCAGCGCUCAGAAAGAAGGAUCUGUUUGAGCGUGCUGGCGGUCCUGUUGUUCUCGUUCGGGAUGAAGAGAACAAGGCUCUAGUCAGCAAGAUCGUUCAAGACAAGAUCACGGUCAGCUCUUUUGCAGAUGUCAUUUAUAGCAAGCAGCCGUCUAGCAAACCCGCCAUAUGCACCAAACCUAAUCAUUUAGCGUACUUGAUAUGGACAUCAGGUACCACUGGCGCACCAAAGGGUGUUCCAAUUGAGCACUUUGCCGCUGUGCAAAGCUUGACAGUCUUGCAAGAGGAAAUACCAUGGAAGAAAGACACACAUAUCCGCUGUCUCAACUUCUCCGCAUAUACCUUUGAUGUUUCCGUACUUGACGUCUUCUACGCACUUGGCAAGACUUGCGGCACACUCUGUUCAUCUACUCGCGACAACCUCGUCGGAUCAUUUGAAGAGCUCGUCAGAGGGUUUGCAGCCACCCACGCCUUUCUCACACCGGCCUUCAUGGCUCAGUCGUCGCUCCAGAACUGCAGCUCGCUUGAGUCGCUCAUUAGCAUCGGUGAAAAACUCCCCCAGCCUGUCGCAAAUGCGUGGUGCAGGGAAGACACUGUGUCGCUCAACACGUACGGGCCUGCAGAAUCAACUAUCAUUGCAACAUACCGCCGUUUCACUCCAAAUGAAGUCACCAAAGCUCACAACGUUGGUCUUCCACUCUCGACCGUCUCAUGUUUUGUUAUACAGGACGAUAGAAUUCUGCUGAGGGGUGCUGUUGGUGAGUUAGCUUUGGGCGGCUUCCAAAAUGCCCGUGGAUAUCAUCGCAAUACCGAUCAGACGAACAAGAAGUUUGUCAACCAUCCACAAGCUGGCCGAGUGUAUCUCACUGGCGAUGUUGUGCGUUUGUUGCACGAUGGUAGCUGUGAAUUCGUUGGUCGUAAUGACGAUCUCGUCAAGCUUGGUGGUAUUAGAGUUGAGCUUUCUGAAAUCAGUGCUGCCUUGGGCAACUGCCACGAGCUAGCUCGCGAGACUACAACAUUCCAAUUGUCAAGACACGAUAGACCGCAAAAGGUCGUGUGUACAUUCGUUGCCGCCCCCGCACUCAAGGGCGAGAAAGAGGAUGGACUGCGCACGGAUAGCGACGCGUUGACAGUGGCUGCCGCUUGCAAGGAGCGUGCAGAGUCUAGCCUUCCAGCUUACAUGAUUCCCAAUGUAAUACUGGUUCUAACACACCUCCCUCACACCCCUUCGAACAAGAUCGACAGGAAGAUGCUGGCAAGAUAUUACGAGCAAGUUGAAAUUGCAGACUGGGAAAGCCGCCUAAGCGGUCUUGAUGAUGGUGAUGAUGGAUUUUGGAGUGAAAUGGAGCAGAUUAUUCGUCAAGUUACUGCUAGACUGACAAACGUCGCCGUGGACAGCAUCUCCAAGUCCUCGCACUUACCAGCGCUCGGUGUUGAUUCCAUUCGCUCCCUGCAGCUCGCUUCCAAGCUCCGUAAUGCAGGUGUCAACGCCGCAGUGAGCCAGAUAGCAGCAUUUCCUACCAUAAAGCAACUCAGCAAAGCCAUUACAAAAGCAGAAUCGAAUCAGAUGGUCACUGAGACACCAAAGUGGAUGCAAACCUUUAACGAAAGCUUGAUUGGUAGUGUUAGAAAAGACAUUGCCGAUGUAGAUUUCGUUCUUCCAUGCACCCCGACACAGGAAGGUAUGCUUGGUGAGACCAUCAAGAACCCUGCUGCGUACUGGUCGCAUCAAGUCUUCAAAUUGUCCAGCAAAGUGGAUGUGGAUGCUCUUUACGGAGCCUGGAAGACUGUGGCAGAAAGCACGCAGGCUUUGAGAACCUCGUUUAUUCCAGCUGCCACAUAUGGUGUGAAAGACACCGUCUUCGCCCAAUGCAUACACUCUACAUCGAAGCUCGCUCUCGAUAGAGUCAGGUUUGACAGCGAGAAAAUCCUUGAAGAGCGUGUCCGUAACAUUGUCAGCUCCUUGUCAGGCUCACAUCAGCCGCCUGUUGCUCUCACGCUUGCAACCAAGGCAGAUGGCAGUCGCUAUCUCAUGACGUCACUUCACCACGCAAUCUACGAUGGAGACGCGCUCAAAUUCAUUUACCAGGAUGUUGAAAAUGCAUACAUGCGAAAGUAUAAAGCCACUCGCACAUCACUGAAGGACGCGAUGUCAGUUAUAAACACAGACGUAAACACUACCAAGCAGUUCUGGAACAAGGUUUUGGAGCCAUUUGCUGAGACAAGCAAUACAGAGUGGCCUGUUUUGCACAACGACAACUCUCAACGCUCUCAAAGAUUCUGGACGAAGGGAUUUAGUGACGUCAAGCGUGCAAACAUCAACCAGCUGCUUCAAGCAGCCUGGGCUGUUCUCCAGUCAAGGUACACAUCAACCGAGGAUGUUAUUUUCGGCGAGACUCUCAGCUUGCGCGGUCUAGCUCCAGGUUUGGAAAGCGUUGUGGCUCCAAUGAUUGCUACUCUUCCAGUUGCACUCAAAGUUGACAAAAACGCAUCAGCUAGACAGUUGAUGGAUAAUUUGUCCACGUUAGCCUCCGCUAGUUCUCCACACAAGUUCGUUGGUCUUCAGCACGUGCGUCAAGCUCUCAAAUGUGCUUCUGGCGCUCCUCUCUUCCCCGCACUGUUUGUUCUCAUCGUUGAGUCAGGAGAGGAAACCAAAGGUGAUUUGUUCAAAGAUAACUUUGAGAUAGGAGAGCUUGAUGUUGAGCACCCUGUCGCCAUCAACGCUUUUAUCAGAGGUGAUAGCGUUCAAAUUGACAUUCUUGGAAGUAAUUUACUUAUGUCAGAGGAGCAAGUUGAGCUUCUUUCAAAGCAAAUGCAAGCAUUGGUGAACGCAAUGAGUGAACAUGCCGAUGAGCCAGUCUCAAGUCUUGUUGGAAAGAUCGACGAGGCUCUCAUCGCCAAAGCACAUAGUAAGGUCGCCGAUGCUACAAUUAAUCCUCUCGUUACUUUGUCUCGCAACGUCCAACAACGUCCGGAAGAGGUAGCUGUCACUUCGGAUACUGGUACACUCUCCUUUAAGGAGCUUGAUAGUCAAUCCAACAGAGUUUCCAAUUCGCUAACAUCCGCGGUUGAAGUUGUUGCCUUGUGCAUUCCACCUUCACAUGAAUCAAUCGUUCAUAGGCUUGGUAUCUUCAAAGCUAGCAAAACAUACAUAGCCGUUGGUGAGAACUUGCCUGCAAAUCGCAAGAGACUUAUAGCACGCUCGUUCAAGGCAGACAUCGUUUACACUAUCAGGAAGUACGCGGAAGAUUUCGCCUUACUCGAUAACGAAAAGGUUGUUUUUGUUGACGAGAAGAGUUACGUAGAAAAUCUUGCCAAAAUUUCCAGUGAUACAACAGAGACGCGUCUUACUGAACGUGCUGCUAUCACUAUUGCAAAUGGUCAGCUCGACAUGCACGACUACUCUGUCUGGUCAACCGAGCAACUUUUCAAUCACGCUUCUUUGGCCUCAGAUCGGUUGAAGACAGAUUCAAAUGCUUCAACAUUUUUGAAUUGGCUUCCUGGCACAUUUGAUCUUCACAUUUUGGAGACAUUAGUACCGCUUAUAAUGGGCUCUAAAAUAGUGUGCAAACGCGUGGAAGAUCUGAGAAACAAUGCCAGAGCUUCACUUCAAGCGGCACAGAUUACUCAUGCCUUCCUCACGGCUGCAUGGUUUGAGAAGGAUUGUAUCGUAAGAUCGGAGUUACCUCAACUCAAACACAUCAUUUUAACUGGUCACAUAUCAUCAAAAGCGCUCCAUGAGUCAUGGAUGGAUGCCUAUGUUUGGAAAACGUUGGCAAUUCCACACGCCUCAUCUGUUGCAUUCUUGUCACAUUACAAUAGUGAACAGCCAAAUGUCUAUGACCAGCCACUUAUUAAGACAUGCAUUGCAAGGUUUUGCUCCAGAGAAGUCGCCAUUCUCGCUGAAGCAGGAGAGCUUUGCGCCUUUAGCGAUGAAGGGGAGUACAUACGUUCAGGAUUGGUAGCUAGAAUGAUCAGCAGCGAUAGCGUCUUGUUGGAGCGUAAAGUGGGCGAUAUUGUCAACUACAGAGACAUCCAAAUUAAUCUUGAAAAAGUCUCGCGCAAUGUCGAAUCUGUUUCUCGACAAAACAUUGUUUCUCAAGCGAUGGUCCUGCAACAUCCAGAAAGCAUGCAACCAGACAUUGUCGCAUUUGUUGCUCGCGCGUACAACUAUGAUCCACUCGAUGGAUCAACUACUGAUAUUGACGCACAAGAUGAAUCAUUUGCGAGAUCUCUCACCCAAUCGUGCGCAGAGAAGCUCGGAUAUGGGGCUAGACCUGACAUUAUUCUUCCAAUGACCUUCUUACCAAUAUGUGACGCCAGCAAUGGACAUACGAACGAGAAAAUUCUUAGAAGAUUAUUCACUCAAGUGCCGCUUCGCAACAUGGUGAAAAAAAGUGCAGAAAUGGCAACAGACAAUCGGCGUGCGCUUACAGCUGAAGAGAAGAUCAUCGCUAUUGCACUCAGUGAGCAGACUGGUGUUGGCAUGGAUACGAUCAGUUCAUCAACUACCACACUGGAAUUGGGUGUUGACUCACUAUCAGCCAUCUCACUCAGCUUUCUUUUGAAGUCAAAAGGCCUUGCAGUGCCACCACAUGUCGUCUUAUCUGGUCCAUCUGUGGAGAAGCUUGCCAAGCUCGCCGACAGCACUUCCUCUGACGGCAAUAAAGACAGUUCAGCUGUGCGGAAACUUGACGAAGGCUUCGAAAAGUCGAUAAGAGCCGCUUUUGGAGAUACCUUAGAAGCUGUCAGACCGUGUCUUCCGCUUCAAGAAGGUUUGGUCGCACGUACUCUCAACUCUGCUGAACCCGUCUACGUCAACCAUUUUACGUUUAAGCUGGAUAGUGGGGUGGUCAUCGAUCAAUUUACCGAAGCGAUUGAUAAGACCAUAGCAGCCAAUGAAAUUUUGCGCACCUGCUUUUUUUUCGGUGAAGCUGCAGUGGCUCAAGUUGUUUUGGAGAAGACUGACGCUAUACAAACACACCAAAGUGAAUCAGAAGCAUCAGCCAUAGCUUACCUUGACUCAAAAAAGAAGGAUUUGGAGAAGGAUGUUGUCGAUAACAUUCAAUCAAGGGUGCCUCUUCGAGUCCUCAUAACUAAGCCAGCUACGGGUAGAGCCUUUGCUCAAUUCACGAUGCACCACGCUGUAUAUGAUGGUGAAUCAUUCCUGAUGUUGAUGGAUGAAAUAAAGGAACGCUACCAGGAAUCAUUUUCGCUCGUAAGAGCACCAGUCGAUCGCUUGCUCGAUUUCAUCUCCAGUCAGUCGCUAGAAGUUGCUAGAACUUUUUUCGUGGAGUACUUGUCAGACCUGCCACAAGCUAACGAGAUGGAAAUGGGUAGUACAACCGCGAAAGAGGUUGUUAAGACUGCUUCUCUGCCCUUAUCGAAGCUGGAAAUGUUGGGACGCUCAUUGAAUGUGUCAUUGCGUGUGCUCGUUCAAACAGCAUACGGUGUUUCGCUCGGUGAAUCUUCUGGAGUGACAGAUAUUACAACUGGUGUCGUCCUAUCGGGUCGCACAGUACCUGUCAGUGGUGUUGAGACUAUGCUUGCGCCAUGCAUUACAACUAUGCCAGUGCGUGUGAAGGUGGCAGAUGCAAGCAAGUUUGUAGACAUGGCGCAACAAGCACAGAGCGAGAGUGCUCAGGUACUCGAGUAUCAAUAUACGCCAUUGCGCCUGAUACAAAAAUGGAUAAAUCGACCAGCCGGUCUUUUCGAUUCACUGUUCGCCUUCGGUAGACUUGCUGGCGAAGGGAAUGAGAGUCUCUGGGAGCAGCUCGAAGAGUCGUCUCGCGUUGAUUACCCACUCGCACUCGAAGCCACGGCUAAUGUAGAGAGUAAUAAGCUCACCCUACGCGCAGUUUUCAACUCUUCAUUCGGUCAAUCGCGCGAUGCCGAGAUCCUCAUCAGCCGGAUCAACAAUCUUCUCGAAGAUGCCCAACAGGUAGUCGAGCCGCUAAAACCACAGCAAUUAGCAAAUCCUCAAGAGACUAGCUAUAAUGUUGAAUGGACUGCUGAAGAGUCAGUUAUGCGUCAAUCUAUUGCGAACCUGUGCAAUAUGGAUGAAACCUCAAUCAGCAAAGAGUCUACAUUCAUUUCUCUGGGCAUAGACUCCAUCUCGUCUGUUAGAUUUGCACAGUCGUUGCGCAAGCAAGGUAUCAACAUUCCCACACAUGCGAUUAUGCGUGCUGGAUGUAUUGGUGAGCUUGCAAAGUAUGCGCCAAACACCAGCAAUAAGGACAUCGCUGGGGAAUUUGCCAAGAUUGCACAGAGUUUAGGUGAAAGGUACGGUGGGUGUGGUAUCGAGAAGGUCGUGCCUGCCACGCCGCUGCAGACUGGUAUGCUCACACAGACUAUUUCAUCUGGUGGUAAAUUUUACAACGUUCAGCAUACCUUGAAGCUAAGCGAUGCGAUGGAUGUAGCAGCACUCAAAAAGGCUGUUAUAGACACGGUUGCGAACGUUGAUAUUCUUAGAGCAUCAUUCCGCACUACGGACGAAGACAAAUAUCCUUGGGUGAUACUCAUCCAUGGCAGAGUCGAUGUGGUAUGGAAUGAGCACACCGUUGGAUCAGUUGAAGAAGCUUCGAAGAUUCUCGGUAGUGCAAGUGUUCCAAGCCAGGAAGACGAUUUCGAAAAGCCGCCAUACGCCUUCACGAUUAUCAAAACAAACAAGGAGAAAUUUUUGGUCUUGACCAUGCAUCACGCCUUGUACGAUGGUGUAUCUCUGCCAUUAGUGCUAGACGAGAUACUUGCACGCUAUAGUGCCAACAGAGUGCCUCUGCGUCCACAAUUCACCCAAGCAAUACCGUAUAUUCUCGACGGUGCAAGGGAUGACGAAGGGUUUUGGAAGAGCAAGAUGUCCAAUUACGUUCCAAAGCCACUUCCUAAAAUUCAGCAGGGAGAGGUCAAGGCACACUUUACCGGCAAGACCAUUCCUAUCACAGCCAAGGCGAACAGACUCGUAAAAUCAGCUGGCGUGUCGCUUCAGUCAAUGGUACUAGUGGCAUGGGGUAAGACUCUUUGCGGAUUAUUUGGAUCGCUCGAUGUUGCAUUUGGGCAGGUGGUAGCUGGCCGCUCGAUCGGACUAGAAGAUGCGUUGUUAGCGUCUGGACCAUUGUUCAACACUGUUCCUUAUAGGUUCAAAAUCGGUAAUAAGAAGGCGACAAACAUCGAUGUCUGCCACGAAGCAUUUGAACAGUAUAACGAGAUUGAAGCGCACCAACACGUCCCACUUAGAGAUGUUCAGAGGGUAGUAAAGCAGAAGUCGCUUUUCGAAACGCUCUUUGUAUUCCAAAAGUCCUUCCGGGAUGACCAAGAGCCGAAAGUGAAGCUGUGGGAGACGGUUGAUCUGACUGAACAGUCCGAGCAGAGUGUUGAAUACCCCCUAAAUGCUGAGUUUGUCGACGCAGGCGACACUCUCGCCAUCAACGCAAGCUGCCUGAGCAGUGUGAUGACAGGGAAGGAGCUGGACGAAUUAAUUGGCAAAUUCGGGGAACUAUUUGCUGAUAUAGUCGAUCAUCCUCAUCAGCCAGCUACUGCAAAGCCAUCAUCGCUCGCCGCGCUUCCACUGAACAACACUAUCGAUGCAACAGUUGAAUAUGUCCAACACACAGAAGCCUACGACGGCCAUGUGACAAGCACGAUGGCGACGAUCCGUGAUGUGUUUGCGAUUAUCUCGAAGCUCAAUGUCGAGGAGAUUAGCUAUAGUGCGCCGUUGUACGCAUUAGGACUGGACUCAGUCGGUGCAAUCCAGCUAGCCGCACGCUGUCGCAAGCUGGGGGUGAAAGAUUUGGCAGUAUCGGAUAUAUUCGUUGGGGAAACGAUAGCGGGCGUGGACAGGGUGUUGAGGGAGCGCACAGCUUACGGGAGAGAAGACGAGAAGGGGGACAAAGACAGGCCUCUGGUGUCAGCAUCUGAAGCUGUCAGCGCGCUUGCACGCCUACGUCUGAGCAGGCGUGAAGCAGAGGCUGUGCUGCCUCUGCUGCCUGGACAGGCGUACCACCUGCAAGCGUGGAUUCUCAGCGGGCACACCUUCUACGAGCCCGUGUUCACGCAUGCGGCGCCGCACAAACUCGACCUCCGCAAAUUGCAGGGCGCAUGGAGGAGGCUCGUGUCACACCACCCCAUCCUCCGCACCUGCUUCACAGCGGUAGACGGCCGACCACUGCAGGUGGUGUUGACGGAAUACGACGCAGAGUUGCAGGUGGUUAACAGCGAUGGCGAGGCAUUGGAAACAGCAAAGCGCAUUGUGCGGGAAGAGUUCAGGGCACCUUCCUCCCUGCACCGCCCGCCAGUGAAGCUGAUUGUUGUGCAGAUGCGCUCGACUUCUUAUGUGCUGCUCAAGAUCCAUCAUGCGCUGUACGACGCAUGGACAAUCCCGUUGCUCAUGAGCGAUUUGUGGCGCAGCUACAGCGGAGGCGAGCUGGCGUCCAUUGGUGAUUUCGGUAAGGUGGUUGAGGCGGCGUCGAGGAACACAUUCGACGAGGAGUUCUGGAGGGCGGAGUUGGGGGGCAGCCAGCCAACACUCCUCCCAGUGAAGAAUUCUUCCAGUAAGCAGGUGUUUUACAAGGAGGACGUGGUACAGGGUGCGCAGAGCCUCACUCAACGACUCCAACAACGUCACCAAGUAUCUCUUCAAUCGGUGCUCACUACUAUGGUUGCAAAGGUGGUGGGCAGGAUCACGCAGACUGCGAAACCGAUAGUGGGGGUCUACCACACUGGCCGCGCAGCCAGCAUUGAUGGUAUAGAUACAGUCGCAGGCCCGUGUCUCAACCUGCUCCCGCUGGGUGUAGGACCGUUCAGUGGUGAUGUCCAAGCAGCUCAAGCAGUCCAGAAGAGUAUCUCAAAGCGCGUGCUGGUCGAGCAGGACGACAACGGCGAGAUCGCCAGGAGGGUAUUGGGCACGAGCGAGCCCGUCUUCAACGUCUACAUCAACUUGCUAUGGCAUGCAGAGAGGAUAUUCUCGAGUGACGCGUCGGCACUGUCGCAGGUGGAUAUUGGUCCGCCUAGCGACUACGCGGCGAGUGAGAAGCUAGAUGUCGACAGUAGCGUGCGCGAGAUGGACACGCGGGGAGUAUCGAGACAUGCCCUCUUUUUGGACGUAGUGCUCGAUGCGCAUGCCGACACGGUGUUUGUGGCUGCUCGCACCACUGAGUCUGUACUCGAUAGCGAGGGCGUGCAGCGCUUUAUCGCGAAUGUGAAAGAGGAGGUGGCUGGAUUGGGAUUUGAGUGA